CAAUAGGCCAGCAGAAUGAGUCCGUUAAGGUUCUCUAUAUAUCGCAACCUUCUAUGAUUGGUUAAUCCAUUUCAGUAUGGUCUCAAGAAUUUCCAUGCUCCAGUUUUUCCUACUAGUGAUAGCUUCACUUGCCAUCAUUCAGAUGACCAAGGCUGGAGAUGAAGAUAUUCUUUGUGACUUCUUGGGUUCCAAGGUCGAUGCGAAGUACUUUACAUAUAAAGACAUGCGCAGCUUCGAGAAACCAGCUGCAGCUUUUACGGUGAUGAAAGCUAGCCGAGUUGAAUUCCCAGCUCUUAACGGGCAGAGUGUUUCCUUAGCUGUUCUUCAAUUUCCUGUUAAUUCGGUUAAUCCACCCCAUAUCCAUCCUCGUUCUGCUGAGUUACUUUUGGUCCGAAAAGGUUGUUUGCAAGUAGGAUUUGUCGACACGACCAACAAGUUCUACAAUCAGACCCUACGAACGGGUGACAUAUUUGUGUUUCCAAAGGGACUUGUUCACUAUCAAUACAAUGCUGAUCCGCAUACACCUGCUCUGGCGAUUUCUGCCUUUGGGAGUGCAAACGCGGGGACUGUUUCGAUUCCUGCCACUCUGUUCACCACUGGGAUUGAUGAUAAUAUCCUGGAAAAGUCCUUCAAAACUGAUGCCAAAACUAUUCAAGCUCUCAAGACUGGCUUAGGAUCUAAGCAAUAAAACUUUAUCAAUACUCUUAGUACUUGAAGGAGUUCUUGUUCUUCAUUUAAUCACUUCGGUCCGAUUUUACUUUUUAUCCUUGUCUAAUGGCGGUAUCAGUCUUCUCCAACAUCAUGUUGUUUGUGUAAUCAUAAUUCACUAAUA